UUUAGUUGCACCGUGAGUGUCGGAGGAAGAGGACGAAUUAACCUCGUACUCUCGCCAUCACCCACUGUCAAUUACCUCGAAUCGAUGAUAUGACACAAUUAUAAUCGAUCAAUCGAAUCCUCGGGAGAAUUCAAUGACGUGUAAUUCUUGAAUUGAUUUGAUUCUUGAAUUGUCAUUGUUAAUUAUUCGAAUUUACCCGCCAAUUUUUUUUUUUUUUUAUCAACGGGCGGCUCAGCUGUUGGCAGGACUGUCGGAAAAUUUGGAAAGUGAACAGGUGUUUUUUGAAUGGAUUGGAGGAGGAGAGAAUAUACAACACAAGCGGGGGAUUUAUUCUGCAGCGUUUGUGUCAAAUUUAAUGUGUGAUAUUUGUUUAUGAAUAUCUUUUAUUUGUGGGGAGGUGGAUUAUUCGGAGGAGUGAAUAAUUUGGAGAUAUUGCUGAUUGAACGGUGAUUUUUGUGGCAAUAUUUUUUAUCAUGAUUUGGUUAUUUACACUCAUUGGGACGCUGUGAACAACAAUAACAGGAUGUCAUCGCCCUAGCAGUGAGGACCCCAUGCUAUGACAAUCACCACGAAAUUGAGAACGUGGAUGACCAAUCGGUGAUAGAACAUCAUCGUGCAAUAAUGCCCCACCAGUUUGGUCUGCCAGCGAUGGCACACGGAAUGCAAUCACCACCAUCACCAACAGCUGUGAUGUCGUAUCCUCGUUUUGGUACAAAUGUUUACCGUCCGGAUCAUCAUCAGGAUCAGAAAUUGACUAGGGAAGCCAUGGAGCGCUAUCUGCGCGAUCGAAGUGAUAUGGUGAUUGUUAUUCUACAUGCUAAAGUUGCCCAAAAAUCGUAUGGCAAUGAGAAGAGAUUUUUCUGUCCACCUCCGUGUAUUUAUCUGUUUGGUGAUGGGUGGAGGAUGCGUCAGGAGCAGAUGCUCAGGGAGGGUGAGAGUGAGCAAUCAGCUCAGCUGUGUGCUUUUAUUGGAAUUGGUAAUUCGGAGCAGGAUAUGCAGCAGCUUGAUCUCAAUAAUGGUAAACAGUACUGCGCUGCUAAGACACUUUAUAUAUCGGACUCGGAUAAGAGGAAACACUUUAUGCUUUCUGUGAAGAUGUUUUAUGGGAGUGGUCAUGAUAUUGGUGUUUUUCACAGCAAGAGGAUCAAGGUUAUAUCGAAACCAUCGAAGAAGAAACAGUCGCUGAAGAAUGCUGAUCUUUGUAUUGCAAGUGGUACUAAAGUUGCUCUGUUCAAUAGAUUGAGAUCGCAGACUGUGAGCACUAGGUAUUUACAUGUUGAGAAUGGAAAUUUUCAUGCUAGCUCGACUCAGUGGGGGGCUUUUACCAUUCAUCUGCUUGAUGAUAAUGAAUCGGAGUCUGAGGAAUUUCAGGUUCGUGAUGGAUAUGUUCAUUAUGGGAGCACUGUUAAGCUCGUUUGCUCGGUUACUGGUAUGGCACUGCCAAGACUUGUUAUCAGGAAGGUUGAUAAGCAGAUGGCUAGUUUGGAGGCUGAUGAUCCAGUGUCGCAGCUGCAUAAGUGUGCUUUUUAUAUGAAGGACACUGAUCACAUGUACUUGUGUCUCAGUCAGGAGAGGAUUAUACAAUUUCAGGCGACACCUUGUCCCAAGGAGGCUAAUAAGGAGAUGAUCAAUGAUGGGGCUUGCUGGACUAUUAUCAGCACUGAUAAGGCUGAGUAUCAGUUCUUCGAGGGUAUGGGGCCUGUUAGAUCACCUGUUACACCGGUACCACUUGUUCAUAGUCUUCAUUUGAAUGGUGGUGGUGAUGUGGCUAUGUUGGAGCUGAAGGGGGACAAUUUUACACCGAAUCUUCAGGUUUGGUUUGGAGAUGUCGAGGCUGAGACGAUGUACAGGUGUCAGGAGAUAAUGCUUUGUGUUGUGCCUGAUAUAUCGUUGUUCAGGGGUGAGUGGCUUUGGGUUAGACAGCCAACUCAGGUGCCUGUGUCGUUGGUGAGGAAUGAUGGAAUUAUUUAUGCCACUGGAUUGACGUUUACGUAUACACCGGAGCCUGGACCUAGACCUCAUUGUCCACCUGCUGAUGAGAUAAUGAGAGCACCUAGAGCUAUUGGGCAUAAUCAGGCUAGCAUGCCACCUGCUAUUGCUGAUGUACCUUGGAAUUCUCAUCAUCCACCCACUCAGCCUGGGCUUUGAUAUCAAGGACAACGAGAACGUACACGAUAAAUAUUAUUUGUGGAUUUAUUUGGAGGCUCCAGUGGGGUGGCGUUGUCUGGGGAUUGGGGGUCGGCGUGAUGAGGGGAUUAUUUAUUAGUUUUUAAUACCAGAAAGAGAUAUUUUUUAUUAGGUUUUCCGAGUGUUCUAGAUCAGAAAAUAGGUCUGUGGUAGGGAUAUUAAUUUAAUGGGGGAGGAGAUGAAAUUUGGCCGAUAUGUUGAGAUCUGUGGGAGAUGGGGAAUUGCUGUCGGUAAAUGUUUUUUUUUUUUUGUAGGUCUUGGGGGCUGGCUAAAAUUUUUUGGGGAAUAUUUUGAUGUCUCUGGUGGAUUCGGUGAUAUUCCUUGGAUUAUUAAGGCACAGGUUGAUUUGCCACAUUUUACCUCUGAAGUAAUGAAUUAUUAGAGUAGAAUUUUAAGUUGAUUUACACUAUCACUUGCUCAUUCAGAAUAUCGAGGGCUCACGUUUUGGUUGAAUUUGUCUUGUAGUUUUAGCCGGAUAUUUCUUUCUUUUUAAUAAUCUUUCGAGGGAAAAAACAGUGUAUAUAGAAUUUGUCUCUGAGUGAGUGAAUUAUUGUGGAUCAGUGGGUGGGGAUUAACACUCGUGGUAUACGAUUUAUCGUAUACGAUUUUAUACGAUAAUGUAGAGAUCAUUGAUGUAAAUAUGAAAUUGAUAUUCGAAUAAUAGAGAAUUGAUUUUUCCUUUCAAUGAAUUCGAGGUUGAAAUUCAGAGGUUUCCGAUGCCCUGAUCUAUGUAAAUACAUCAGCAUAAUGGCUCCAUAUGUGUAUAUGGACGUUAUACAUAUGUACACACAAAAAAAAAAGCUAUUAAUUACUCUAAAUGUAAGGGAACUCUAGAAUUUAAUGACUCUCAUAGUUUUAAAAGAGGAUGAUACAUUGAGUUUGUAAUGGAAUAAUUUCAGCUGACGAGUGAGAAAUAAAAGGAGUAUACAAUUU